CAACAACUUGACUGGCAACAACGCACCGACCAAUGGCCGCGUGGCGGUGGGUGGACCUCUGAAAGUACAGGACAGGAGACAGCAGGUGUGGGAGUGUAGGACUCAUCUCAGGAAACGUUAGUGCGAUUAAUAAACUUUCAGUUAUGGCGCUUUCCCAGUGUCUUGAAGAUUCGCCGGGCUGGCGGACACCGAGGACAGGCCAGGACCUAAACUCGAAAGAGCUUUACAAUGAGAGACACCGACUCGCUCUGGAGGAGUUGGUCGCCGGCGGAGUAGAAGCCUUCACGGGAUUCCUGCAGAGAGAGAGGAUCCCCAACUUUCUCUCCGACGACGAGAUCAGGCGCAUCUCCCGCGCUGCUGUAGUGCCCAAAUCACUCUCUUUGAACGGAGACGAUUCUCAUUUGGACCAGUCUGGCACACUGGACUGCUCAUCUGUCACUUAUUUCCCCGAAGUCUCUGAUAUUGAGCCUCCAGUUUUAGAGAUGGGCUGGCCAGCGUUCACCGCGGGGUCUUUCCGUGGAGUAACACGCGCAGUCGCCUACUUCCAGCCGAGUUAUGGAGAGUGCAUUUAUAGUUGCAAAGAAGCAGCCAGGAGGAUGAUAAAAAAUGCAAAAGAGGUGAUUGCCAUUGUGACAGACUCCUUGACAGACCUGGAUAUCUUCCAAGACCUGCAGGAAGCUUGCACACGCCGCAGAGUUCCUGUGUAUAUUCUUUUAGACCAGUCUUCUGUUCCCUCAUUCUUACAGAUGUGUAAAAACCUUCGCGUACAGCUGGAUGAACUGCUGCAAAUGAAAGUACAAAGCAUAACAGGUUCUACAUACUACAUGAGAUCAGGUGCUCGGAUCACUGGAAAGGUUCAUGAGCGUUUCAUGCUGAUUGAUGGAAACAGAGUGGCCACAGGUUCAUAUAGGUUUAACUGGACAGAUGGCAAACUAAACAGCAGCAACCUUAUCGAGUUAUCUGGCCAGAUAACCGAGAAAUUCGAUGAAGAGUUCCGCAUCCUAUAUGCGCAGUCCCUGCCACUGCCAGCGAAUACAAGAGCUCCCUCUAGUGCCAGAAGCAGCAGUUUAUAUGACCAUCUUGUCCUCAAAGCACCUGGAACGCCUCCCUCCUACUUGGCACGAACAACAAAGCCUCAGCCAGAAUGUCUGACGAGCACUCCAGCCAGACUUCAUACCCCAAAGAUCCAACAGAUGAAUAAAGACACUGAAGAUCGAGACAGAAAGAGUAACCCAGUUUCUGAUACUUCCACUUUAGGUGAGGACUGGAUCGAGCAAGAACUCCAAGAGGAAGCUCUCACCUCGGAUGACCCUCCUCGCUUGCCGGCAACCAAUGUUACUACUCAGACUCAGACAGUCGAUGUGAUGAUCUCUCCCCCUGUACAAUCCUGCGACAUUUCAACACAAACCACCUGCCAAACAGCAGACGUGAGCGUGCAAACAUGUGCUGACAACAGCCAGCUUAAAUCGAAAACCUCGUCCAACAGCAACCAGAUCAACCCUAAUACUUCAUCCGCUUGCAACUUACAAGAGGUGGACUGUCACCCACCUGUCUGUCUUGCCCCACAAGAGGUCAACCUGAGGGAAUGCUUCCUCAAGAUCACCAAAGAGCGCCAGCACCACUACAGCUCCAUUCGCUCCAAGCUCGACCACGUGGUGACACUGCUUUCUCACAAGAGGGAACUAGUGGACCUCACUAACCUGACGCUGAGGCCCGGCCUGCACAGAGGACGCAAGGGGCAGCAGGAGGACAGGCAGGUUCAUAGUACACUUGACAAUGUGAUUAUGGGGACUUGGCCCAGGUCGAGAUGUCUGCAGUAACAUGAACACAGGAGAACAGCGCUGGUGGUGGUCUGCAAUGUUUUAGUACAGCACUUUUUUUUACGAAUCAGAACACAGCUUGUAGAUUAAUCCGAAAAAUAGUUUGAAUGCAUUGUAUGCAAUAUAAAAAAGACAAAUGUGCAAAAAUACUGAUUUUUUUCUGAACUUGAAUUGUACUUAUUGUAUUUGAUGGGGGAAUUAUAUUCUGUAGUUAGAUAAACUAAAGUACUUUUUCUUUUUGGUGAUAUUGUGAAAUCCACUUUGUCUGUAUUUGGUUGUCUGUUUCUUUCUGUGUCUUUUAAAGUUGUGGAGUUAUGAAAAUAACCUCCUUUGUAACACUAUUACUUUUAUAUUCAUAUAUUGAAAAACAAUAGUCACUCAUGAUUAUGUGUUUGAUGUGCCUUGGAUGAUGUUGCUGAAAGGAAUGAAUCAAAACAGUUGUACUAAAUUAGAAAUGUUUGGUACUUUGACUUUGCUUGAGGCAUUUGAAUAUUUAUUUCACCAAAGAUAGUGGGGGGAAAAACAGUUCAUUGUUUUAUGAUUGCCUCAUUUUAAUAAAACUCUUCAUUUGAUGAACAA